UAUACCGCUUAGCGACUUCAAUACAUACCUCAUAGCUCCAGUCUCAAACUUAAACCCGUUCCUGCUGAAGAAGAGGAGGUCUGCUGGAUGGAGAAAGAAGCUCUGGUGAAAGAGGAGGAGGAAGAGCAGGCUGUUACAAUACAAAAACAAGUAGAGGGUGAGGCUGUUACCGUGAAAGAAGAAGAGAAAGACGUUUCGGGUAAAGAAGAGGAAGACCCGUUCAGAGUGAAACAGGAUGACGAAGUUUCAGUGAAAGAAGAUGAGACUGACGAUGAACGAGAGAGACGUGACUAUCGUGGAUCCUCUGGGGAGCCUCAACAACCUCAUGAUGCUGAAGAGGCAGAGAAUAGUCUCUCCACAUCAAAACACCUCAAACACCAGCAGAGACCCACAGGGAAGAAAUAUCCUUGCUGCUCUGACUGUGGGAAAGGUUGCACAUCUUCAUCAGAACUUAAAAUACACCAGAGAACACACAGGAGAGAAAUCUUAUAGCUGUGAUCAAUGUGGGAAGAGUUUUACUAUAUCUAGCUCUCUGACUAUACACCAGAGAACACACACAGGAGAGAAAUCUUAUGGCUGUAAUCAAUGUGACAAGAGAUACUCUAGAUACUCUAGUAAAAUCUCUCUGAUCAAACUUUAGAAAAUACACGAAGGAGUUGUUUCAUGAUAUCAAUGAAAUAAUGUCACAAUGUAUAAUGUUUUAACAUUGUAGUAGGAGUAUUUUAAUGAGGUCACAAUGUAGAAUGUUUUAACAUUGUAGUAGUAGUAUUUUAAUGAUGUUCUACCUUAUCGUUUGCCCUGUUCAAUUGAUUGCAGCAUGAUAUGGAUGUUAGCCUCAGGGGAAAAUCCAGGCUCUGACUUGAAAGAGGAUUAUUUAACAAAAAGUGACUAACAAAAAAAGAGCUGUGUUACACUUACUGUGUUGGUGACCCACUUUAAUCAAAAUGCAACACUUCAAAAUGUAGCUAGCUGUUUUCUACAAGUUGAAAAAGCAGCUUGUUUAAAAAAAUACAUGUAAUAUGAUACAUAUACACACAUGAAAGCAGUAUA